GCUCCCCCCUCUGUGCCAGUGUGUCAUCUGAAGGACUGGGGAAAGGAGCUGAGAGUGGCUCGUCCGACCUCUUGGCGUAAAUCGUUCAUCUGUGCUGUUAUACUUUUCUAGCAGUUUACUCGUUUCUUCAUUUGAAACUUCGGCGGAAUGAGUAGAAAAAGUCUCUAGAACCGAAGAGGGAAACAUCGGGUAGGCGAAUUGUUGCAGAUUUUGGAGUCCUUCGGGGGAAGAUGUUUAAUGGUGAUGCGAUUUCCCAUAAAGACACAUGACUGUCAAGUUAAAGUGUGUUUGGAUCAACACGACUCUGAACUACGGAUGAAAAAAUCUAAAUCGAUCUAUUUGUCGAGCACAGAGUGAUUGUUUAUGGCCAAAACCGAUGUUUGUUAAAGGAAGAAGAAAUCUUGGGUUUCGUCAGUUUGCGUCAUGACUUCCAGCUAUGCGCAUGUAAUGGACAGACAAGCCACGCUGCCUAACCGACUGGAGAGUUCGAUCAACGCAAAUCAGGAUCAUUUACAGGCUAAGAAGAACUUUUCCGUGAGCCACCUGUUGGAUCUGGAGGAAGCGCGGGAGAUGGUGGGAGCUCAAGCGGAGGAGAGCGCAGGAGAGGCGGGCAGGAGUAUGCUGGAGUCUCCAGGACUGACGAGCGGCAGCGACACAACACAGCAGGAGAAUGAGCAACUCAACUCAGAGGAAAAGAAAAAGCGUAAACAGAGGCGAAACAGGACCACAUUCAAUAGCAGCCAACUGCAGGCCCUGGAAAGAGUAUUUGAGAGAACACAUUACCCCGACGCUUUUGUCAGAGAGGACUUAGCACGACGGGUCAACCUUACUGAAGCUCGAGUGCAGGUGUGGUUUCAAAAUCGGCGGGCUAAGUUCAGGCGAAAUGAACGUGCGAUGCUGGCCAGUAAGAAUGCCUCGUUGCUCAAGUCUUUCUCAGGAGAAGUAACAGCCGUGGAGCAGCCUAUUGUCCCUCGUCCCGCUCCCAGACCCAAUGACUACCUGUCCUGGGGAAGCUCACCAUCAUACAGCGCCAUGGCAACCUAUUCUCCAUCAUGUGCGGCGAACAACACUGCCCAGGGCAUGAACAUGGCCAAUAGUAUCGCUAACCUGAGACUAAAAGCCAAAGAAUACAGUCUCAACCAGGUACCCACAGUCAACUGAAGUGGACAACACAGUAUUUCCAGCAUCCCAACCAAAGCUUUCUAUCACAGACUCUCUACUAUUUACAUUCUUUUCUCCUAUGUGUCUUUACUCUUAUCGAUUUAAUUCUCAAAGGAAUGCAAUCAAAGAGAACUUUACCAAGGUACAAGCUUUCCAAAACCAAUGAUUUACAGAGAACAUGAUAUGUUCUUGGCAUGUGGGAAAGUGACAUGUGGGAAAAUUCAGUUUUGGAAAGCACAAAAAUGGAAACUUUCUCUGUUCGCACUGAAUGUGUGCACGAGUGUGGUCAUCUCUUUUGAUGGUGGUGGCUUACUGUAGAUUUUCUUGAGGCUGUCGCUGACCACAGGGAUUUGAUGACCUCGGCGGAAUUUACAUGCUACAAUCUUGUGGACAUCUGGGAAAUUUUCAGGAUUUCCCCUUUAUUCCUCCUUGGAACUCAUAACCGUGCACUGAGGCAACAAACUGAGAUUUGGAAUGUUUUUAUUAUUGAAACUUUUCACUUGUUUUCUGUUUUACCCAUGACAAGCAAGGGCUACAUGUUUAUUUUGGCAUACACGUAUACGUGUUGCCAUGUACAGUAUUACUACGGUAUGCAAGUAAUGUUGAACCAUGACAUCUUUUCCAUGAGUUUGGAUCCUUGUUUUAAUUUCCCCCAUAUAUAUUGUCUAAAUAUAUCUAAACAUGUAAUAUACCUUUGCAAUAAAAAUGUCCAAGCAGUGUCAUAGCAUUGCGUAUUAGGAUUAGUGCAUUAGAGGUUAUUUCUGUGUUCUCAAAAAGUCUGUUUAGCUACAUUAGAUGAAUACUUGAUUCAGCAUAUGCUGGGUUAGGUAUGUUUUGAUGCUAGUUUGACCAGCUAAGGACCAGCUAAGGACAAGCACAUGACCAUCUUAAACCAGCACAAACCAGCAUCAAAACAUACCAAACCAGCAUAUGCUGAUUUUUUCAACGAGCAUGCGUUUAUAAUAAAUUUUACUGAAAGAUUAUUCUUUGGCUA